GAUCUGUUGCUAAUAAUGCACGGGGUUGAGAUUGAGUGUGUGAAAGCUACAGUGGCUGCAAUUAUCGGGCAGGGUAACAUUAAUUAACAUGAGCGGCUUAUAAUGAGUUUGACAGGAGCUCAGGCAAACCCUACCUCAGCAGCACAGUAGUUGUGCGCGCCUGUUAUAGUUCCCCUCGGCCCAUUGCUCCGAUGUUCCAUAUAGUUCCACCCGGACCGAACUCCGCUGCACAGCGCAUCUCCAGUUGUUACCCCCAGAUUUGAAGGGGUAACCCCUUGCUAAAAAGACCCCUGUAUUAACAGUCGGGUUCUCCUCAAUGCACACAGCAGAUUUCAUAGUACGCCCCCGGAGACCUGGAGACAUGCUUGAAGGAGUGCAUGGAAGCCCUGGAUCUCUUUCUCAACAACAAGUUUGAGGAGAGUCUGGAUAAACUGCGACCCCAGAUUAGUGACAGCAUGUACCACGCGCUCAUCCACGCUACCAUCGUGGAGAUGCGGGCCAUGAUGACGUUUGAGCACGAUGACAUCAUCAACGCAGGCAGCACCAUGAAGGGGGCCCAGGCGGUGUGUCACAGGUUUCGGAAGAAGUUGACGGUGGUUGGCAAGAUGUCCAAACCCACUGGAGAGGGUUUCACUGAAGAUGAGCUCCACGCUGAGGCUUGCUAUGCAGAGUGUUUGCUUCAGAGAGCUGCCCUCACUUUCCUGCAGGAUGAAAGCAUGGUGAGUUUUCUCAAAGGAGGGAUGAAGGUCCGCAGCAGCUACAUGAUUUACAAAGAGCUCCAUCAGUUCACUCAGUCCCACGACUUCCACAAAGGACCGAACCACAGCCAUCUAGAAGGGGGGGUGUCGCUGGGGAUCGGCGCGUUCAACCUGACCCUGUCUCUCUUCCCUCCUCGGAUAUUGAAGUUGCUGGAGUUUGCAGGGUUUUCUGGGGACAAGGAGUACGGUCUGGCUCAGCUUCAGGAAGGAGCCUCCUCUCUGAACCUGCGCUCCCUGCUGUGUACCAUGCUGCUGCUGUGUUACUACACCUUCCUCACCUUCAUCCUGGGGACCGGUGAUGAUGACAUCUCUGAGGCAGAGCGCUUAAUCAAGCCAUACCUGAGCCGCUAUCCCAAAGGGGCGAUAUUCCUAUUUUUCGCGGGCAGGAUAGAAGAAAUCAAGGGGAAUAUAAACCAGGCGAUCUCUCUCUUCGAGGAUGGCUGUGCUGCCCAGCAGGCAUGGAAGCAGUUCCAUCACAUGUGUUACUGGGAGCUCAUGUGGUGCUUCACCUACAAGCGUGUCUGGAAGAUGGCUUACUUCUACGCAGACCUGCUGAGCAAGGAGAGCCGCUGGUCCAAGGCCAUGUACGUGUACAUGAAAGCUGCCUUCCUCAGCAUGUUACCCCCGGGAGAGGAACGCCCUUUUGGAGACAAUGAGGUGGAGCUCUUCAGGCAGGUGCCCUCCUACAAGCAGAAGAUCGCUGGGAAGUCUCCCCCCACCGAGAAGUUUGCAAUCCGCAAGGCCCGGCGCUACAACAGCGACACCCCGAGAACGCUGCCGGUCCCUGUGCUGGAAAUGAUGUACAUGUGGAACGGGUUUGCGAUGAUUGAGAAGGACGAGGCUCUGACUCAAGGGGUGAUGGAGACGCUGCUAGAGGCUGAACUCAAGCUGCACGAAGGCCCAGUGAACGAGUAUUCGAGUGACGACAGCUGUGUCAUCACCCUGCUGAAGGGCCUGUGCUUCAGGAAUCAGGGGCAGAUCGACAGGGCAGAGGCCUGCUUCAUGCACAUCUGCUCCAGUGAGAAGCAUAUUCACCAUGAUGACUAUCUGGUUCCCAACGCUCUGCUGGAACUGAGCCUGAUGUACAUUCGACUGGGACGCAAGGAAGAGGCGAUCAGACUUCUGCAGCGCGCCAAGCAUAACUACAAGGAGUACUCGAUGGAAUCUCGCACGCAGUUCAGGAUUCACGCUGCGCUCAGCAGACUGAAAGCCGUGCCGGAGGAGAACGACAGCCUGUAGACACACGUGAACACACACGUGAACACACACACACACAUGAACACACACUCACACACGUGAACACACACUCUCACACACGUAAACACACACUCACACACACACUCACACACACUCACACACACAUGAACACACACUCUCACACACGUAAACACACACUCUCACACACUCUCUCACACACGUGAACACACACGUGAACACACACACACACACAUGAACACACACUCACACACGUGAACACACACUCUCACACACGUAAACACACACUCACACACACAUGAACACACACUAACACACGUAAACACACACUCACACACACGUGAACACACACUCACACACGUGAACACACUCACACACGUGAACACACUCUCACACACGUGAACACACACUCACACACACGUGAACACUCACUCACACACACACACACUCAAACUCACACACAGAGGCACAUUCACACUCUCUCACACUCACACAGUCACGCUCUCUCUCUCACACUCACACACAGAGGGACACACACACAGACACUUACACACACUCGGAGACAGUCUUCAGUCCAGUAAAAUCACUCAACCAAAAUAUCAGACCAAAUAAAUCCUGUAGCCCCUCCCUCCCUCCCAUCACAAACAGAGAGAAACCUCAGGGAAAGGGAUUUGUGAUUGAUUGUUGGGGUUGUGUGUGUGUGUUUUUCCCACAUUCGCCAAAGUCUCUUUUGUCACUGCCUUGUGUCAUUAUUAUUAUUAUUAUUAUUAUUAUUUUUAUAAAGUAUAUCUUUUUUUUUAAAUGGUCCGUUACAUUUCCACGUAGAGUGACUUUACUCUGUGACUCGGUGCUGGUGUGGCCCAGUGGUUAGAGCUGGUGGACUGGGAGCAGAGUUCAAACUGGGUUUUAAUCCCAAACGGCAGCCACUUUAUACCUUAAAGCAGGGGUGCCCAAUCCUGGUCCUGGAGGGCCGAUGCCCUCCUGGUUUUUGUUCAAACUGUACACUAAAUUGAUUAAUUGGACCAAUUAGGCUUCUAAUAAGGGCUUG